GACCCCGGCAAGUUCCGUGAGCUCAGAAUGUUGGCUUCAAUCAAAACUUUUGGCAGGUUUCCACGGAUUCUGCCUAAUUUUCGACAUGUAUCCUCAUCUCGGACUUGUCAAGCUCUGAGGAACUUUUCACAUGAAGGUUCCAAAACGCAAGCAGUUAACGACAGGGAAAUAUCACAACUAUGGCGUAGGCCAAGAGCCCUGUGUAGAAGUUACCCUCACAUCGUGACUGCCAACCCAGCAGCUAGAGGUUUUCAAACAUCUACCGUAUACUAUGAGGAGGUACAAACAGUGCAGACGCCUCCCUUUGCAGAGUCUGUUUCAGAAGGGGACGUCAGGUGGGAAAAGGCCGUUGGUGACUAUGUGAAUGAAGAUGAGGUUGUCGGAGAGAUAGAAACCGAUAAGACGUCAAUACCUGUUCCCUCUCCAGUAAGUGGCAUCAUUGUAGAAUUCCUUGCAGGGGACGGGGACACUGUCAUCGCUGGACAAGAACUCUUUAAAGUACAGCUAUCUGGUGAUGCACCACCACCAAAGGCUCCAGAUGCACCUGCUCCAUCUACAGCAGCACCCACUGCUGCACCUACACCCCAACCACCACCACCUCAACCUACUCAGUCAGUGGCGGGUUCUAUACCAACAUCACCACCGCCUGUUCCUCCAAUGCCGACUGCACCUAUGACAUCUAAACCUGCUGCAUCAGUGACUCCAAUGGCUGCACCUGUUGUAGAGGGGGCACCUGUUACCACAGCCAGGACAGAACAAAGAGUGAAAAUGUCCCGAAUGCGUCUGAGAAUAGCUCAGCGAUUGAAGGAUGCUCAGAACACUGCAGCAAUGCUGACUACCUUCAAUGAGAUUGACAUGAGCAACAUCAUUGAGAUGCGUAAGAAGCACAGAGAAGACUUUCAGAAGAAGCAUAAUCUUAAGCUAGGGUUCAUGUCAGCGUUCAUCAAAGCAGCUGCACAUGGCCUGAGCACUAUGCCAGAAGUCAACGCAGUGAUUGAUGAGGCAGAAAUUGUGUACCGUGAUUACAUUGACAUCAGUGUUGCCGUUGCAACUCCAAAGGGUUUGGUUGUACCAGUACUGCGUGAUGUAGGCGGUAUGAACUAUGCUGAGAUCGAGAAAGCUUUGAGUGAACUUGGAGAAAAGGCUCGAUCAGGUACCCUAGCUAUUGAGGACAUGGACGGAGGGACAUUUACUAUCAGUAAUGGUGGCGUAUUUGGCUCCAUGUUUGGUACUCCUAUCAUCAACCCCCCUCAGUCGGCCAUCUUAGGAAUGCAUGCUACUAACGAUAGACCAGUUGCUAUCAAUGGAAAGGUUGAAAUCCGGCCGAUGAUGUACGUUGCCCUGACCUACGAUCACAGGCUAAUUGACGGCAGAGAGGCUGUCACCUUCCUCAAGAAGAUCAAGUCAGCGGUAGAGGACCCAACAAUCCUUCUCCUAGACCUGUAGAAUCAUAGACAGGGUGGUGAUGCAGACGAUCAUUAGUCCCUUUCUUAAAAUUGACUUGUUAGUUCCUAGCUCACACAAACUGUGUGGCAUUGAUUGAUUAUUUAUUGGGUCUGCAUAAGCUGGUUUUACUUGCACAGUAUUACAGUAAAAAAAACAAAUAUUUGAUAAUUGCCUAAAAAGCAGAACUGGUCACCUUGUUUAAACCAACAUCCCAAUCCCAACUCGUCUCUCUCUCUCUCUUUUUCCUUAAUUGUCUAUACUUUUCACUGCAUGAGGGCGCUUUCAUCGGGGAAUAAUUGUCUUGCAUUAUUAUGGAGUGGUAGAGCUAGUAAACACUUGAUCAUUUGGGAGUGAAAGUUAAAGACACUGGACACCUUUGGUAAUUGUCAAAGACCAUUCUUCUCACUUGGUGUAUCUCAACAUAUGUAUA